AUGUUCCCCUUCAAACUUGUCACUUUCCUCCUCCUUGGCUCACCAGUUUUCUCAUACAAUGUAACCAACUUCUAUGCUACAGUAAGACUCAAUGAUAACCCAAAACUUGACCGUGAUAUAAUAAUAGACACAACUAGUCAUCAAUCUUUUCUGAUGCAAAACACUGUAGCUUCACCAAAACGUGGAGUUGACUUCAGAAGUUCGAAGACUUUUAAAAAUAUCGACCAAAGAUUCUCCAGUCAAUACAGUAAUGGUCGAAUUACGGUAAAUGGGGCUGUGGGAGAAGACGAAAUUCAUGUUGGUCCGAAAGUCUUUAGAAGUCAAUUUGGAAUUUUUGAAAAAUCAAACGGCCAAAACCCGGCUGAUGCUUUUACUGGCACUCAGACUGUUGGUGUACUAGGUUUGAGCCGAAAGCCAGCUGACAAUGUUUUGAGAGACAAUCUACUGAAUCAAUAUGAUGACAAAACUGUUUGUGUAUCGUCUAUCAAGUACAAAGAGUAAGUCUCUAAAUCAAUGAGCUAAGGCUAGGAGUGAGUAAGGAGUGGGUAACGAGGGGUAAGGUAGGGUAGACUAAAGUAAUGUAGAGUAGAGCAGGGUAGGAUGAGGUAGAGCAGAGUAAUCUUUUUUUAUAAUAAAAUUGAUUUUCAGUCGUGCCAGUCCAUACACAACAAUAGGAAAACCCGCAGUAAACCCAGUAACUACAGUAAAAUCCGUGGACAAUUCAGAAGGCCUAUGGGAAGUGAAGCUUGACUUCGUAAAGCUAGCCUGUUUCCAUCAAAACAACCCGGAGAACGCCAUUAUUUCUACAGCAACUGAGGAACUCACCGUACCUGAAGCGUAUUUCGAGUUUAUAACUGAAGUGUUGGGCUCACGGUACGACGAAAAGUACGGCACAUACAUCUGUAGUUGUGAAAGAACGGCACCGUUUCGGUUCGGCAUUAACGGCGAGGUUUUCGACGUGCCAAUCCAUGAUUACAUCACCAAAAUCGAGGGCAACAUAUGUGCGUUGAAGGUGAAUGUCGUGAAGAACAAUGAGAAAUUCGUUUUGGGUGCCAGAUUUCUGUUGGAAAAUGGAGUUUGUUUGAACUUCAAAAAGAAUACUGUAACUUUGUUCAAGCCAAAUGAGAGAAAAAGUGACUUGAAGCCUAUGGAAAUGAAGUUAAGAGCCGACAGAGUAUAA